AUGUACGAACCCGAGAGACAUAUGGGCGAUAACCAAAUCGUGGAGUUGAACGAUCCGAAUCUCAAUAUAAUAUCGUUCAGCGCAGGGCGAAGAAGGUGCAUGAGCUCAAAGAUUGGGUCGGCCAUGACGUACAUGCUGCUGGCCCGUUUGAUUCAAGGUUUCACGUGGUCAUCAGUGCAUGGUGAGGAUAAAAUCGACAUUUCGGAAAGUAAGGGUGACCUUUUGAUGGAAAAGCCUUUGCACGCGAUUGCAACACCACGUCUGGCUCCACAAAUAUACUCAACCUAA